AUGGCUCAGUCCCAGUCGCAGGUCCCGCCCCGGUCCUUUUCGCCGCCGCAACACAGCCCGUCACCGUCCGGCUCGCAGCCAGGCUUUGCCUUGCCACCGAACAAGAGAGUCAGGACCGAUGGCGGCCCAGCUUCCCAGCCAGGCUCUCCGUAUAUCCUAUCGCCCUAUGCUGCCAGCCCGGGCGCUGCAGGAAGCCCGCCUCCGAAUGCGGCGUCGCCGACGUUCUCACAAACGACGCCAAUGUCUUCUGGGUACAACACUCCGUAUACAAACGGCCACACUGCAUCGGCCGCCUUGAAUCUUCCCGACGCGCGUGCGGGCGCCAGCACGCCUCCCUUACAUACGCCGCAGCCUCCGCCGAUAUCGAUGCCCCAGUACACCAACGCAGCAAUGGCGCCGAUCCCGCAAGCAAUGGCAUCGCCAGCGCCAUUGCCCAAUGUGAUGGGUCCUCCCCAACGGCCGGCCGAGAGACCGACCAAGGACUACGAGUACGAUGUCACGGAUUCGCUGGCGGGCACUGGAAUCGAUUUGCGGGCAGAAGAGCAGUACAUGUCUGAGCUCUACUCCAGCGCCAUGGACGCAAACUCGGAAGCCAGGACCGGGUUUGCUCAACAUGCGGCGGGAGGCAAAUCUUCGUUUUACGGGGCUGGUCCGGCGAACCAACCUGCCGAAAACGUGUCGGAACAAGAUCAGAAGAAGCUCGCUGUCAAGGCGGCCGAACAGGCCUGGGCCGAGUCAUCCAUGUGGCUGGCCGUUCAACGGACGCAGGAGAUUAACGAUCCCUUUCUUUUGGUUGCCAUUCUCCAUCGCAGGGCAGAAAAGAUUGCGAAAGACAACCACAUCGGGCUCAAUUUAGACUCGAAGAACAACGCACAAACAAUGGGCAAGAUGCGUUUGCCUGAACAGUUCCCAACUCCCAAAGUCACGGUCAAGGUCGACCCGGGUCCCGAUUCAACGCUGGUACACACUACUGGAUCUUACAUUCCCCACGACUCCUAUCUGGUGGAUCAGCUGGCAUUACUGUCGAUCGCCACAAAGCAGCGGAUACGCGAGAUGGUGGAGGACGCGGAUGUUGUUGCCGUAAACAGGCAGAAGACGUCACACGGCGAAAUUCCCGAGCAAUGGGCGGCGGCGGCGGCGCCCAUGAACGCAGAACCUCUGGGUGCAGCAGACGGUGCACCAGCGGCAGAAGAGGGUGAGGAGGGCGUUGCAGUCCCAUCCGACACUGCACCCUUGAAACGCUCUGCCGACGAAGCUGUCCCGGGAAACGGCGCCAAGCCGCCAAAGAAGCUGGCCAAGAUAUCGUCUUUCAUGACGGUGACGAUGAGAGAGCUGGCAAGGCAGGAACGCGAGUGGGAGGAAGCCCGUCUACGCCGACGCCAAAAACGCAAGGACGGGGUAGGAGACGGAGUCACGCCAUCACGGUCUGGCAGUGUUGCGCCAGGAACGCCGGGCUCGGUGGCGCCCGAAGGUGACAAGCCAAUGACGAAGAAGGAGAUGAAGAAGAACCAGGCACUCAAGGCAGCAGAGGCAAACAGCCACGCGAACCAAAACUUGACGAGCAGCAUGUUCGCAGGGCUGGGUGGCAAGAGCAGUCUUUUUGGCAAGAAGAAGGGCGCCAAGACGUACGACUGGAUGAACGUAGGCCGCGGAGGGAGCGGCGCCAGCACGCCCACCAGGGCAGCGCCCGGAGGUGGCAAGGGAAUCAACGGCACGGCCGGGGCGACGCCGUCUGCAAACCUGGCCAUGACAACCGAGGGGCGCAACAGACUGGGCACAUGGCGAGAGGACAAGGAGAAGGGGAAGAACAUCCAACUUCGAGACUGGGUGGUGGUGCUGGAGAGGGACGGACGAGAGUCCAAGGCCCUCCAGCAAGCAUACGUUGCUUUGGACGGCUCCAAUCCCAAGUAG